AUGCCAUCAGAAAGAACAUCACUCGAAAUUUCUUCCAAAUCAAAUAAACGAAAAAAUUAUGAGGAACAAUUUGGUCAACAAUCAGAUAAUUCUAAAUCAAAUUCUGAUCCUUCAGGUGGAGGCGAUGAUCCUAUGUCACAAAUUAUACUUCAGGAUCGUCGUCAUAGAAACUUACUAGCAAGCAAGAAAUAUCGAGCAAAGAAACAACAAAUGGAACGAGAAAAAAAUGAUUUUAUUCAAAAAUUGUCAAAUGAGAAUCAAUCAUUAAAGCGAAAAUUACAAGAAGUGGAAUUUGAGAAUAAAAGUUUAAAAGAGAUUAUGAAUAGACUAACAACUUCAUCGGCUGCUUCAGUGUUGGAUAAUAAAGUUAUGAUGGUUAGAGAAAGAUUGUGUAGGAAUGGUGCUGUUGAUAAUUAA